CACACGUGUUCACACUUUCCAGAUCGAAAAUGACAGAUACCUUCGUCUUGUUGUUGUUGGGAGGCUGUGCCCUUACCGUUGCCCAAGAUUUCAAGAGGACUAUCAUAGCUAUAGAAAGGCCAACUACACAAGGGGAAUAUAUGUUUCUUCGGGGCGGAUCUACGAGUGGACGAAGGAUUCCCAUCAGGCACAAUGUCCGACCAGUUGACAAAACGUCGUUUUUUGCUCAGACGUCCAAGGGUGACGCUACGUUAACUUGGUCGUCCUACGAAAACGGACAGGGGGUUUAUCGAAAAGGAGGAAUAGUGCGGUCGGCCGAGGGGACACCGAUGAUGUGGACAACGAAUGAUGAGUCCUUCUCCACCAACGUCGACACCGACGGCGCUGGGUACUGGGAGCUGAACACGGAGGGGGGCAGCUAUUGGGCGGUGGACAUCGACAUGGACUGCAGCGCCACGCCGGGAGGAUGGUUCGCAUUCAAGGGCUACAUGAUCGACCUGUACCGCUACAAGUCAGAGUGGGAGGGGAGCUACAUUAACCAAUACUCCUGCGACGUGAACGGCACCCGUGUGAACAUUCCCGGCGCACAGUCAUGGAACCACUACGGCAUCUGCGGCUACUUCAACAUCGUCCGUUGGAAUGACGGUAGAUGCAUGGCGGAGAAAGUUGCCGUUGUAGAGCAGUUUGUGGAGGCAAUUAAAUCCCCGUCACCCCCCGAAUUCAUCGCGGAGAUUUAGACAUCCACUCGGGAGGGGCAAUAAAUGGAAUAAGCCGUG